AUGGGUGCCAAUCCUAUCUCUCUCGGUGGACCUCUCCCCAAAGGAUACACCAAGCGACCCAAGGUGAUCAACUCGAAUCCUAUUCCUUACAUGGCUACCAGCAUCGACACUGCGCCUUUUGGUCCAGGUCUUCCUCCUGACUCAACGGAGUCUGGCCGUGCGAGAAAUCAAUUCAUGAACCAGAUGAUGGUUGGUGGACCUUUUGCUGAUGUUAUCGCCCAUCAGGAAGAGGUUCUCAAGAAUCUCGGCGCCACUGAGAUUCUAGAGCCUCAGAUUCCUUUCCACUAUUGGAUGCUCAUGCAUGAUCUUUCGAUUCAAAUGUGCCCUCCCAGUCUCGAGUACUCUCGAUCUGAUGUACCAUCCAACGUCAAGUUUUCAGGCUGCGCAACACCCAAACCUAUUCCUGCAGACUUUGACUAUCCUUCUUGGUGGGAUGAUGUGAAGCAUGGUGACCGACGUAUCGUUGCUGUAACUCAGGAAACUAUCGCUCGCGACGCAACCAAUCUGAUAAUCCCUACUAUCGAGGCCCUCUCUGACCACGACGACCUCCUCGGGGUAGCAAUCCUUGGGCAAAGCGGCGCUGUUCUCCCCGAUGACAUCACUAUUCCUUCCAACACCCGUGUCAUUGAUCACCUCCCCUACGACGCUCUCCUACCUCAUGCUUCAGUGUUUGCCAUGAAUGCUGGAUAUGGUGGCUUCCUGCAUGGAGUAACUAACGGAGUUCCUUUGGUUCUUGCAGGUGAGACUGAGGACAAACCGGAGAUUGCAACGCGCGGAGAGUGGAGUGGUGUUGCGGUCAAUUUGAAAACGGGUAGGCCUACACCUGAUAUGGUACGGUUAGGUGUCGAGCGUAUCUUGGCAGAUGGUAGCUUCAAAAAGAGGGUUGAUGAGAUCAAGGCCGAGAAUGAAGCGAUGAAAUUCUUUGACUUUAUCGAGGAGCUGGUUCUCUCUGUUGGAAGUCUUGGAGGCAUGAUUUGUUUGGCAGUAUAA